AUGGCCAAGGGGAAGAAGAAGGGACCCGUUGACGUGUUUGCGCGUCUGGCGGGGUCGGCGUCGCUCCGUGCCGACGCGGUGGGUACCGUUGAGCAGUUGGAGGUGCUCCCCGCCGAGCUUGUCGACACGGCGCUCACCGUCAUCCCCGCCAUUCCGCGUGUGGAGGUGAGCCUCAACCUGCAGUUCCGCUGCUCCGUCCCCCUCAUCGAAGGCGAUGUGAUUCAGGUCAGCAUGCCGGGCUUUCGUGGUAAGGCGUCGGCUUUCACGCCCGAGAACACGCUGAUGCAAAGCAUGGCGCCGCAGCGUCUGUUCCGUGGGUACUGGUCGGGCGAUGGGGCGAAGAAAGGAAAGGGCCCUGCGAAACAGGUUCUGCUGCUCAAGUGCGUGCACCGCAUUGACGCCCAGUAUCUCGUAAUGCUCACCAUUCCCCGCUCACUGGGUCUCAUUGGACCGGACAAAUUGGCGCUGAACUCGUCCAAGAUCAAGAUCAGCGGCACCGUUGCCCACGCCGAGGGCGGCAAGAUCCCAAAGGUAGCGCUCCUCUCAACCUCUGAGGUGAGGAAGCGGCCAGUGGUGGACGAGAUCAAGGAGUACCGGGCAGUCAUGGUCGCGUCCGAUCAAACCGGUGGGCUAGAGGAGGCCGACGCGCACAUGGCUGAAGAACUCUCCAUUAUGGAGGUGGACCAGUUGUGGGAAGCCGCGCAUGACCGUUGCCCGUACCCUAUCGGCCUCCAGUGGCACAUUGCUGUUUCGGCCUUCCGUUUGUAUGAGUCGUAUGGGCCACUACUGAAGGUCAUUGUGGAAAGCGCCAUCACUUGUGUCAAGCGGCGCCAGCCGUGUGGUUUGCACCACGAGAUUGCAAGGAACUUGGGUGUAAAGGCUGGCGCCGUGUUGGUGUUCCAGGAUGCGCUGAACAUGUUGUACGGCGCACUGUACCCGGAGCUUCCAAGUACUGUGCUCCUGGCUGUCCGACUGUUUACAAUGGAGCCAAUUGACAUAGCACGCACAUUCAUGAUUAGCGACCUGCCACCGCUUUCGCUUGCGCAGGAGAUUCACAGCUGCUUUCGCACAGGCAACACGGAGGGGCUAACGAAGUGGGCGUAUACUGUUUCCACACUACUGCUGAUUGCUGGGGCAAGUAGUAGCUCCCAAGAAAUGCUCUCGCAGCCGCCACCGAUGCCAGUGUUGUACUACGGCAUCAAAGAACUCCCCCAGGAGGAGUUGCACUACAUACGUGAAAUGGAAGAGGACGAGUGGUACAUGCUGCCCUGCUUCUCAUUGGUGCGGCCCAAUGUAAAUUGGAUGGAUGAAGAGGUGUUUCAGGUGCCAGAUAGUGCAGUUCUGUUUGAGAUUCAUGGCGCCGUGGACGCGCUGGAGGCCUGCGAUGUUUCCAUGUACCCCUACGAUCGGGAGUGGCUCCUGCCACUGUGUUCAUCAUUCCGUGUGCGCAGUGUCAAGGUGUAUGAUGACCGCAACAGUCUGACGCAUGUUGUGCUGGACAUGCACGGCUGCCUGCACGGUGCGAUGAAAGACACCUUGAUCCCGGAGGAGGACCGCACGGUGGCGACAGUCGUGGUGAAGAAGUUGCGCUCCGAGGCGGAGAAGAGCGCCUUCCGCGCCCGCUACGUUGCCGAGCACGCGUAUCUAAAUGUGAAGCUGAACGAGCGCCUUCGCCUCCACCCUCAGACACUUCUGCGAGCACAGUAUGUCGAUCAUUACUUCGAGGUCAAGCGACUCUCGCAGGCCAAGACAACAGUGGAGGAGGGCAUUGUCAAUUGGCAGGUGUGCACUUCGCCUGUGCAGACCAUAGACCCUGUUGAGGGCGUGAUUAAACACGCAGUGUGGGAAUCAAUGCCGUUGAAGUUUGCUCUAGUGGCGGAGCAGUCUUUUCUCGCGCGGACGCGCGAGAAGAAGGUGUUCGAGGUUUCCGGCAUCACGUUGGACUUUGCGACUUAUGUAUGCGACUAUAGUGGGAAGGGACCGCGACCGAUGCGGCGUUUGCUGCGGAAACGUGUCACACACGAGGCGCCGCUACCUGUACUUGCGGAGUUGACGUCUUGA